UUGCUGAUGUUUUUGAAGAGUCUGCAUUUAUAUACGAUAUCUAAUUCUAGGUUGCUGACAUUCACCUGUGACUCAAAACAACAUUCUUCUUUUUGGAAGUUGCACUCUAUCAUCUCGCGCACGUACCAGCACCGCUGGAGCGUGUGCUGCGGUCAGGGCCAUCUUUGGUUGUUCUCGCCGGUCGGACCACAGGCAGUCAUCAAUUGUGAUACUUAUCAAAUACGUUGGCGGAAAUUUGGCUAUAAAGGCAGGAGAUCCACUGUAAUUCAACAUGGAUGAGGAGUAUGAUGUUAUCGUAUUGGGAACCGGACUCACAGAAUGUAUUCUCUCUGGGAUCAUGUCCGUGAAUGGGAAGAAAGUUUUGCAUAUGGACAGAAAUCCGUAUUACGGCGGGGAAAGUUCCUCCAUCACACCCCUGGAGGAGCUCUAUAAGAGAUUUGGAAUUUCAGAUAGCCCUCCAGAGUCAAUGGGCCGGGGAAGAGAUUGGAAUGUUGACCUUAUCCCGAAAUUUCUAAUGGCCAAUGGUCAGUUAGUUAAGAUGCUUCUCUACACUGAAGUGACCAGAUAUCUUGACUUCAAAGUGGUCGAGGGAAGCUUUGUGUAUAAAGGGGGAAAAAUCUACAAAGUGCCCUCUACUGAGACGGAAGCACUAGCUUCAAACCUAAUGGGAAUGUUUGAGAAGAGACGCUUCCGGAAGUUCCUAGUUUUUGUGGCCAACUUUGAUGAGAAUGACCCCAAGACCUUUGAGGGCGUUGAUCCCAAGCUCACAACGAUGGGAGAAGUGUACAAGAAGUUUGACUUAGGGCAGGAUGUCAUAGACUUCACAGGACAUGCCCUGGCCCUCUACAGGACAGAUGAUUACCUUGAGCAGCCUUGUCUGGAGACCGUCAAUAGGAUUAAACUCUACAGCGAAUCUCUGGCACGCUAUGGAAAGAGCCCCUACCUGUACCCCCUGUACGGAUUAGGGGAGCUGCCUCAAGGAUUUGCUAGGUUAAGUGCAAUUUACGGAGGAACCUACAUGUUGAACAAACCAGUGGAUGAGAUAGUGAUGGAGGGUGGCCACGUUGUGGGUGUGAAAUCUGAGGGAGAGGUUGCGCGGUGCAAACAGCUAAUCUGUGACCCCAGCUACAUCCCGGACCGUGUGCACAAAGUUGGCCAGGUGAUCCGGGUCAUCUGCAUCCUUAGCCAUCCCAUAAAAAACACUAAUGAUGCCAACUCCUGCCAGAUCAUUAUCCCUCAGAACCAAGUUAAUCGCAAAUCAGAUAUCUAUGUGUGCAUGAUUUCCUAUGCCCAUAACGUGGCGGCUCAGGGGAAAUACAUCGCCAUUGCAAGUACCACUGUGGAAACUUCUGAUCCUGAAGCUGAAAUUGAACCUGCUCUGGAACUCCUUGAGCCCAUUGACCAAAAGUUUGUGGCCAUCAGUGACAUGUAUGAACCCACAGAUGAUGGCUCAGAGAGUCAGGUAUUUGCAUCACGGUCUUAUGAUGCCACCACUCACUUCGAAACAACUUGUAAUGACAUCAAAGAUAUCUACAAGCGCAUGACAGGCAGCGACUUCGACUUUGAGAAUAUGAAGCGCAAACAGAAUGACGUCUUUGGGGAGGAUGAGCAGUGAGGGGUGGAGAGGGGAUGGAUGAGGGGGGAAUGGAGAGGCAAUGAUCUAAGGGCAGAGUGGGGAGAUAGGGCAGGUUGGAUUUGCAAUGUGAUCUCAGAAGCAUUUCUUUAUAUUCGUACGUAAAAUGUGGUUCUAUCAUAUGUACAUUUUCAGAUGCUUGCAUAGAGACCGAAAUGUACAACAUUGACGUAUUGACAGCAUUUAAAACUUAAACCCUUUUAUGGUUGGAUUACAGUUUACGAAUCCUUUGGGGUUAAAAGUUUUGCUACAAUUACAAUUGCACACAGACAUGUCAGGAAAUGAGUGAAACACAUUAAUAUUACACUGUAACAUCAACAGUGUGCCACUUGUAUUUCAUACUUGUGGAGCUAUAAUGGUAAUUAAGUUCAGCCAUUAAAAGAGUGGGAAUAAUUAUACUAUCAUUAGUCCCAUCUGGAUGUUAUUUAUACAUAAAUAUGCCAUUAAAAAGGUCUUUAUCAGACAAAGCUUCUUUGACAUUCCCUCAUAAAAGCGGUUAUGUUUUAGAUGUUGUGAAGACACUUAUAUUGUACGUUUCAGUGUCUGUCCAAACGUACAAAAAUGUAUGUCAAUGUGACGUUCAAAUAUCUUCGAUAUACUGAGAUCAUGGAAUUUGAUAUACAUGGUCUGUGUUCGGAGGUUAUGGCGCACAGAACAGAAAGUACAACAAUGUUGUAAAUCUCUUUCAACUGUCCUUUUCCUCAAUGUUCUUUGCUCAUUGUCUCCACACCCACCUGUGACUUUGUUCAGAUAUAUACAGUUCAGCACACAGACACAAUGCUCUAUUGCUCACAUUCCAUAACUCACCUAUCUGCACUACAAAGUGGGCUCACGGCAACAUGCUAUUUUAGAUUCUUAUGAACGCAGUAUGCAUUGUUUUGUGCAAAUAUUCAGUUGAAGUAGAAACACGUGUCUUUUUCGUUUCUUUUUAUUUAUUUAUUUUUUUGACUGAUGCCCAUACAUGUGAACAAUUCCUUGAAUAUUGAAGGAAAUGUAAUAUGAUUUCUUAUGAACUUAAGUGAAUUGUCCCCAAGCAUUCCCUCCAACAGAUUCGUUGGUUGGAAGCAGUGCUCAGCAGUUCCACAUUAUUCGAGUCUUCAGACUGUUAGUUUUGCUCACUUUGACUUAAACAGCUUCAUUAUAACAGUAGCCUUCCAGGGAAGUGUCAUUCACAAAACAUUUAGUGUAAUCAUCAAGCACCAAUCAUUGAUAUCAUUAUACACUAUGGUUUGAGACCUGGAAAAGGAUGUAAUAUGACAUUAAUUAUAUUUACGAGACACAGAAGUAAGAAAAUAAAUCUCCCUUGGGUGUAUGCUGCAAUCAAGAUCCGUUUCACACAAUGUUGUUGAAUUGAACCGACAGACUCAUAGGUAUAUUCCAUUUUAAUAGAUCUAACUCUCAUUUCUACCACUAAAUGGUUGUUAAAGUUAUAUUAUUUUUUAUGGGUGGAUAUUUUCUGGCAACUAAAUUGAAUGAGAUGUAUAAUAUGCAGUAUAGAUGUGAAUUGUAAGCCAUUAGCUUUAUAGUAACUACUUUAAAGUCUUCGUGCUAACUUGAAAACACUGUAUGGCGUCACAAUACCUAAUGAUUUUGGUCUACAUUGUCCAGUUAUUAUGGAAGAUUUCGAUUUGUUUGAGUAAUGGCUGAUAGAGUCAACUGUUAUUGAAUGAAAUGAUUGCAAAAAUUCUACAUGGAUCUAUCAUGAUCAGUUUACAGUUUGUAACAGGAAGUAGUAAAGGCAGGAUUAAUCAGUCUUAAACUUAAAAAGAGUGGAAGCGAUUUUCAUUCCAAUAGCUGUGACAGUUUAUGAUAAUUUGAAUUUAUUGAGUAUCAGAUCCUUUGGUAUGUAAUAAUAACCAUAUCCUUUGGCAUUCCAGCUUUUGUAAACUAGGCUGGCCCCGGUCUAAAAACCUGAGAACACCUACUAAUACAAAUGUGCUCUGACUUGACAGUUGUAAUGAACACUAUGCCUCUUCUUGUGAACUCACUGUACCAUGCAAUGAAAAUGCAUCAAUGUUUAUUUUUAAUCAGUGAUUGACACUUACAGUCUCUGAAUUUAAACUUUUGACAAAAGACUGGUCAUUUUCAUCAAUACUUAUAUGUUGUCUUAAUCAUGCUCAUUAUUGCUUUCAGAUUAUUUCUAUUGCCAUACGUAGUUAUAGUGGACAAUAGUCUACUGGACCAGCUAAUCAUGAUGUGUCAUUUGAACACUUGCUGUACUGCUAUCAUGUAGAAUAUGCAAGCAUUGCUUGUAUGUCAUGCUUUGUUUUUUAUAUUCACCUUGCUGAGAAUAAUGCCUCUGAAUGUUUUAAUGAAAAACAAGGGAGUUUGUGACAGUAACAAUUUCAUUAAAUUUUUUACUUUUAUUGGGCCAAAGUCACUUAUGGCCUUAUUAGAUUCACAUAGAACCAUACAGGUCUUGAACUUUCUUCUUUAGUGCACACAAUUAGAUCAAAAUAACAAUGAUAACUGGAAUUAAAUAGAAUUAUGCAUCACUAUUUGGCGUUAUCUUUUGCACCUCUCCAGCACAUUGUCGCAUAUGUUUGGAUUAAGUGUAUUACUGUUCUUUUGUACUGUAUUUAUUUUAAACACCCUAACUAAACAUCUUAAAAAUGGACACACAAACUUGAUGACUUUAAAUUGUGAAUUUCAUCUCGUGUUUGAGCAGUCUUGUGCAACAAAAAUAAAUAUGAAUACAAUGAAA